UUUUAUCCUGUAUAUAAGAUCGUCUCUCCAGCAAAAAGGAUACCUCUAUGCAAAGGGAGAGAGACGAGCAGUUGAAAAUUCUUCAGUAGCAGGAGACAAUAACCGCAGACUCUCUCCCUGCCGAAGCGGAUUUCUCGCUCACUGAAGUGCUGCAACCAUGUUUGGGCGUGGAGGUCCUAGGAGUAGUAGCGAUAAUUCCAAGUACUAUGAUGUUCUCGGUGUCCCAAAGACCGCUAGUGCUGAUGAACUGAAGAAGGCCUACAGAAAAUCUGCCAUUAAAAACCAUCCAGACAAAGGUGGAGAUCCUGAGAAGGCAUGACAUGUCAAAUUUAUGCCAUGAUGGGCCUGGAUAGUAGUUUAAGGAGAUAUCCCAAGCUUAUGAUGUUCUCAGUGAUGCUGAGAAAAGAGAAAUCUAUGACCAGUAUGGUGAAGAGGGCAUCAAGGAGGGAAUGGGGGGAGGUGGUGGUGCUCAUUCUCCUUUUGACAUUUUUGAAUCAUUUUUUGGUUCGGGAGGUUUUGGAGGAGGUGGCAGUUCCAGAGGAAGAAGGCAGAGACAAGGAGAUGAUGUGGUUCACUCUUUGAAGGUCUCUUUAGAGGACUUGUACAAUGGGACGACCAAGACACUCUCACUGUCGAGGAAUGCUCUUUGCUCCAAGUGUAGAGGUAAGGGAUCAAAGAGUGGAGCGUCUGGGACAUGUUAUGGAUGCCAUGGCACAGGAAUGAAAGUUACAACUCGACAGAUUGGAUUGGGCAUGUUUCAGCAGAUGCAGCAUAUCUGCCCCGACUGUAGAGGCUCAGGUGAGGUAAUCAGCGAGAGGGAUAAGUGCCCUCACUGUAGAGGAAACAAGGUCAAUAAAGAAAAGAAGGUGUUAGAGGUUCAUGUUGAGAAGGGCAUGCGUCAUGAACAAAAAAUAACUUUCCAGGGUCAAGCUGAUGAAGCUCCCGAUACAGUCACAGGGGACAUUGUCUUUGUGUUGCAACUUAAAGAACACCCCAAGUUCAAGAGGAAAGUUGAUGAUUUAGAAAUGGAACACACGAUUAGCUUGACUGAGGCACUCUGUGGGUUCCAAUUUGAGCUUACCCAUCUUGAUGGGAGACAUCUGCUCAUAAAAUCAAAUCCUGGAGAGGUGAUAAAACCUGGUCAGUGCAAGGCGAUCAAUGACGAGGGGAUGCCUCAGCACGGCAGGCCAUUCAUUAAGGGGCAGCUGUAUAUCAGGUUUAAGGUGGAAUUCCCAGUGCAUGGAGCUCUGUCGCCUGAGCAGUGUGGUACUAUAGAGACCAUACUGCCAUCAAGGUCAGGUAAGAAGUUGAGCGAUAUGGAGAUUGAUAAUUGUGAAGAGACGACUUUGCAUGAUGUGAACAUGGAGUAUGAGGAUAGGCGCAGGAAGAUGCAGCAGCAUCGUGAGGCAUAUGAUGAAGAUGAUGAGGACGAUGAUGAGCCAUCGAUGCAACGGGUUCAGUGUGCCCAGCAGUAGUAGUAGCGUUUAAGUUUACUGUUUUCACGUCUGUCAUUCACGGUUGCUUACAGAUUGUGUUGUGUUUUCGGCUUUUUGCCAUUCGGUUAUUGAAUGGCCUGGUUUACUCUGCCCUUAGUGUAUCGACUGCAGAUUGUUGUUCCUUAUGGCUUAAUAAUAGUACGAUGAUGAUUAUUUUUAUAUUAAUAGUGAUAUAUUUUUCUUCUUGAAA